AGUAAACUCCCGUUACCUCCGUGUGUACGGUUCACCAUGUCCGCCCGCGUCUGUUUCGGUCGCGCUCACCUCGCAGCGUCGGGACUGGGGACAGCGACCCGCGCGAGCCAUAGUGCAGCAGCCCCACGCGCGCAGUACGACGCAGUGAUCAUCGGAGGAGGACAUAAUGGACUCAUAGCUUCUGCGUACCUCCAGAAGGGUGGUGUUCAGACGGUGGUUUUGGAGCGGCGCCACGUGUUAGGAGGAGCCGCCGUAACCGAGGAGAUCAUCCCAGGGUAUCAUUUCUCCAGAGCCUCUUACCUGCUCAGCUUGCUGCGACCACACAUCUUCGAAGAGCUACAGUUAAAGAAGCAUGGCCUGCAUGUGUUUAAGCGAGACCCUCAUGCUUUCACCCCGAUGUUGGAGGAGGGGGUGGGGGGACAACCUCCCCGAUCGCUGUUGCUUGGCGCCGAUGUCACACAAAACCAGGAAGAGAUCGGCAAAUUCAGCAAGAAGGAUGCCCAGAUGUAUUUGGGAUUCUUAGAGCAUCUUGAGAAGCUAGCGUGUGCUAUACACCCCCUGCUCGACGCUCCGCCAGUCGACGUUCCAAAGGUCACCGAGGGGUCAAUCAGAUCUCGACUCGCAGCGCUAAACACACUACGACCCCUAAUCAGCUCAGGUCUGAAACUGGGGAAGAACAUUCCAGACUUCUAUGAACUCGUCACCGCCCCCAUCAUGAAGGUCCUAAACCGCUGGUUUGAGUCGGAGCCUCUGAGAGCGACAUUAGCUACAGACUCCGUCAUUGGAGCCAUGACCAGCCCCACUACACCAGGCAGCGGCUACGUCCUCCUCCAUCACGUGAUGGGAGAGCUGGAGAAAGAGAAGGGGGCGUGGGGAUAUGUGCAGGGCGGCAUGGGAGGCGUGUCUAAAGCUAUCGCCCAAUCAGCACGAGCCCUCGGAGCUGACAUCUACACCGAGAAGAGUGUGGAGCGGGUCCUGGUGGGUUCUGAUGGUUCUGUCCAGGGAGUGUUGCUACAGGAUGGCUCUGAGAUCCGCAGUAAAGUGGUGCUGUCCAACGCCACAGCACACCGCACAUUCACAAAACUCACGCCAAAGGAGAGUCUCCCUCCAGACUUCCUGAAAGCUGUGGAUCAGAUCGACUACACAUCACCUGUCACCAAGAUCAACGUGGCGGUAGACCGUCUGCCUAACUUCCUGGCGGCCCCUAACGUGAGUGAGGGGGUUCCCGGGCCACACCACCAGUGUUCCAUCCACCUCAACUGUGAGAGUGUUGACGUGCUGGAACAAGCCUACCACGACUGCCUACAGGGAAGACCCUCAACCAGGCCCAUGUUGGAGAUGACUAUCCCAUCAGUGCUGGACACGUCUCUGGCGCCCCCCGGCUGCCAUGUGGUGUCAUUCUUCACGCAGUUCACUCCUUACACACUAGAGGGCGGAAGAGCAUGGACAUCAGAGGACAAGCAGCAAUAUGCCAAUAAUGUGUUUGACUGGGUGGAGCUUUAUGCUCCGGGCUUCAAGAGCUCCAUCGUGGGAGUGGACAUCUUGACUCCACCAGACCUGGAGGAGGUGUUCGGACUCACAGGAGGGAACAUCUUCCAUGGUGCGAUGUCACUGGACCAGCUCUACCUGGCGCGACCUUUGCCCUCCGCCUCUGACUACCGUUCUCCAAUCAGAGGCCUGUACUUGUGUGGUAGCGGCUGCCAUCCAGGUGGAGGUGUGAUGGGAUCUGCUGGAUGGAAUUCUGCUCUCACCGUCCUGUCUGACAUGAAGAGGAGAUGAAACACUCUGUCAUACACAUGCGCUCGCGCACACACACACACACACACACACACACACACACACACACACACACACACACAGACACACAGACACACACAAACACAUCUGACAUGAAGAGGGGAUGAAACACACCCUCUUUCUCUUUCUCUCUCUCUCUCUCUCUCUCACACACACACACACACACACACACACACACACACACACACACACACACACACACACACACACACACACACCCUGUGACUGCAUAAAUUAUUAUGAUACAUUCCAAACACUCCAGUGCAAUCAUUAUAGCGCUGGCAACCACAAUAUGAAUGCCUCUCUCUCUUUCGCUUUCUCUCUCUCUCACACCCACACAUACACACACACACAUUCAAGCGCGCACACACACACACACUCUCUCUCUCUCUCUCUCUCUCUCUCUCUCUCUCUCUCUCUCUCUCUCUCUCUCUCUCUCACUCACUCACUCACUCACUCACUCACUCACUCACACACACACACACACACACUCCCAAAGUGCUUUAUAAUGUGAAAUUGCCUUAUUGAGUAUGGCUGUUUUUUAAUGCUUGAUAAUGAAUCAUGAAGUGUGUUUUGGACAUAAUGACGCCACAUGUUGGUGAAGAAUUAAAUUGAAAUGAAAUCUG